CUCUCUGAUCUGUACAAUAUAAUACCCAUAACUCAAAGAAUUGAAGAAAUUAAAUUAAGAAGAUGAGUUUCCAAAGCUUCCACGAGACAUGGUUCGAGCAGCUCCGGCAACUGGUGCAGCAGCUCGGCCAAGCCCCACGGCCAGCCACCACCGCCGACCACCACCAGCUGCAGCAAGAAAUGGUCCAAAAGGUGAUGUCUCACUGCCACGAAUACUACAGAGUGAAGUCCAUCGCCGCCAAGCGCGACAUCCUGGGCGUGUUCACGGCGCCGUGGGCCACUUCUUUAGAGCGGUCGCUUCACUGGAUCGGCGGGUGGCGCCCCACCACCGUCUUCCACCUCAUCUACACCGAAUCCAGCAUCCUCUUCGAGUCCCACAUCAUGGACAUCCUCCGCGGCCUCCGUAACGGCGACCUCGGUGACCUCACCCCUACCCAGCUCCGCCGCGUCAGCGAGCUCCAGUGCGAAACCGUCCAAGAAGAAAAUUACAUCGCCGACCAACUCUCCGAUUGGCAGGAUGGCGGUAGUGAUAUAAUUGGAAUGAUGAGUGGGAAGCUUGAUGCGAAGAUGGAGAAGCUGGCGGAGAUAUUAGAGAAGGCGGAUCAGCUGAGGAUGAAGACCAUUACCAACUUGGUGGAGCUGUUAACGGCGCAGCAGGCGGUGGAGUUCUUGAUUGCGGCGGCGCAACUCAUGUUCGGGAUUCGUCGUUGGGGAAUCAAUCAUGACCGUCAACGAGAGAAUAAUGUCUCACAGUGAUCGGGAGAUUAGAUUAUGCACAUUCUGAUAAUUAGAUAUAUAUAAGAUCAGAUCAUCGUUUAAUUUAAUCUUAUAUAUAUGUAUCCCAAAUUUCAUAAUUCCAUCUCUUCUAUAAUAAUAUAUUUGCUUGAAA